AGUGCAACCGUUUAUCGAAUCUCGUCCGAGAACACCGCGAGGCAAGUGAUCUCUGCUGCUCAAGUAACGUUUGACCAAGUAACAUCGCUCUGUUUCGAUACGCGUUUAUUUUCCUUUCGUUCUCGUUUAUUCGUCGGGAUAACCUCUCUUUCUCUCUCUCCCCCUUUCUCGAGACGGAAAUCGAAAUAGAAAGAAAGUGCACGCAAAUGCGUAUAAAAUUGAACGCAUUUGAUCGUGGAAAGGAAAAUAUCGCGCGCGGAUUAAAUUUGGAUCGGCUGGAUCGCGAUCCCUUUUUAAAUAUUUGGAGAAAUGCCAUAUGCCAUGUUUGUAAAUUAAUCUGGAAGGAGAAAAGAUCGUUUUGCAAUUGAUUUACAAUUGCGAAGAAAAUGAAAUCCAGACAAUAGCUGUUGCAACGAUAUUUUAUCUUUUUUCUUUUUUUUUUUUCUUUUUUCUUUCCCACACUUUUACGUUGUUGCGUGAUUUAUAAAUUUCAAUUUUCUUGAAGAUGUUCGCACACACGCUCGUAAUAAUAGCCGAUCUAUCUGUGUUGUGAAGAGUGGAUUCAUCGAAAUGCGAAGGGAUUGAUAUUAAAGAAAUCGACGUAGCGUAGGACUUUGCAGCAAAAGCACAAAAAUAUUCAUAAGUUGGUGAAAAAAAGAACGGAAUCCAGUUCACCUCGACACAGAUCGAUCCAGUUAGAAACUCGUUCAUCACUCGUUAAGAAUCGAUUACCGAACGAUCGUGGUUGGCCGACCGACACCUCUGAUUAGCCUCCUCCGAUCUAGGCCAGGCAGAUAAGCUAACGAGCCUAACAGGUCCGUUUCUUUUUCUCGAUAAAAUUUUUGUCCCUGAAAAUGAUUAUUGACUUGGAAACAUGUGAACGAAAAGCCAUUUUCCUUCCAAAAAUUCUUAAUGGAAAUUCUUUAGCCGGAAAUUGAUAGCGAUUUACCUCCAAUUGUCUCGUUAAACUUUAACGAGAAUUCAUGGUAAAAAUCUGGAAACAUAAUCGGGGUUCGCGGUAUAGGAAAAGAGAGUUUUGGUUUUCAUCAUUUCCAUUCCAUAAAUUCAUAUAACAAACUCAAAAGAAUCGAUCCAAGAAAAUCUUUAACCACAACCGAUAAAAUAAUCAGAAUACAAUGCAAAAUACUCGUACAAAAGAUUCCGAUCUCUACCGAUGUAAUUUCAAUAUAUCGAUGGUCCGAGAAAAAGAGCAAACGAAGAGAUCGGCGAAAUGCCACAUGGCGGCGUUAGAAGAAGAGAAAGAAAAAAAAAGAUGGGGGCGCGAGGAGUUGAUGAAAAUAACCAUAAUCGAAGAAAAUCUUUAACCACAAGCGAAAUACAAAAGAUUCGGAUCUCUACGAAUUUCGAUGUAUCCUCUCGAUGAUGAUCCGAGAAGAAGAGGAAACGAAGAGAUGGAGAAAUGCCACGUGGCGGCGUGGUUAGGAGAAGAGAAAGAAAAGAAAAGGAUGCUGGCCGUUGAUGAAACGGCUAAUUAAUUUUAGUGGGCCGCUGGUAGAAGCUCGCGGGCACGCACACGCGGGCCCAGGGAACGAGCGCGACGCUCGCGCGUACGCCGACAUCCCUCUCGUCUAUACUUGGCCCGUUGGCUAUGCCGAGAGGCGAACAGUUUCUCAAAGGUCCUCGAGUGCAUCGUAUCACGCGCCUCUUUCCACUCCUUUUCCACACCCGGCCCGAUCGUCCGUUCCAUUCCAUUUCGUGUAUUUAUCUUUGCUCGCGUUCCACCGCGACUACUGCUGCCCGCCUUGGUUACAGCUCUCUCGAACGAUCGUCUCUCGUUCGAACGGCCGAUGCUACGCACACGACCGUCCACACGCCGGAAGUGCUCUUCUGCGCGACCCUCGAUAAAGUGGAGCUGCCCUGUGACACAGUGUCUCCCGUUCCCUGUUCGCGAUUAAACGGGAUCAGGCCGUUCGAUCGUCGUACGAUAUCGAGGGGAAAUUCUUUUGUUCUUUUUUCGGAUCGUUAACAUGGUACGCGGGGUGGCGAGUGAGAAGUGAUGUGGUUCAAAUAUUACAAAGGAUACUACGACGUGCGCAAGUUGGAGCUAGAGUUGGUCCAAAGGUUGGCCGAAUACGAGAGGUACCUGGGCCAAGAGGCGAGGAAUCUAGUGGAGAACGGAAACGGAAGCGUCGGGAGUGGCGCCGUUCUCCAACGUGGUCAACUGGAGGGAGAUCUUCAUCGUAUCCAGGAAUUGUUUCCUGGCGAUAAUCUCCGGCUGCACGAGCGAGAUGUCCUCACUACGAAAAUGAAGAGUCUUAUUCGCAAGAGGAACGGUGGAAAUCCUGGAAGGCUUACGAGAGUGUUAUCGCAAAAAUCUUUGAACGUAUCCAACAACUCGCCAGCCCCGAAAUCUCCGCCGAGAACCUUCCUCUUGGAGACACCGGUGCAAUUCACCACCGGUGUGCAAUCCCAGGACAGACAUCUUUUUCUCUUCUCGGAUCUGUUGCUCAUAGCAAAAGCGCGAAACGGGGGUAACUUCAAGCUGAAACAAUCCGUAAGAAUGAGCGAGUUGUGGCUAACUGCCGGACACAUAGAGGACGUGGCCGAGACGAGUAAAUCUCAGGAAACGAGCUUCGUCCUAGGUUGGCCCACCACGAACGUCGUCGCCACUUUUAUGACUGCUGCAGCCAGGGAUCUCUGGUGGGGACGUUUGACCGAACUCGUACGAGAGGAGAGUAUGAAGGAGCCGCCGGACACGAACAUUCAAGUCGUGUAUCACGACAGUGACACGAACACGGAAUACUGUAAGACGAUUAUGGUCGGAUCCGAAAUGACAGCGGCAGCUUGCGUCAAUUUGGCCACGCGCCUGUUGGAUCUUCAAGGACCUUUUCAAUUGUGGGCCAGAACGUCCGCGGACGAAGCGCCCUAUCCCUUAAUAGGGCACGAGAGGCCUUUUGCGGUGAAACUGUCGAACCUACGGCACACCCUGUCCGCCGAAGAGGGUUUCGAUCUGGAACAUUGCAACAAAAGUGGUCACGACACGUGCCACUUUAUAUUAAGGCCGGUACCAAAAUCGCCCGUGAAGAAGAAUAAAUCGAAGAUCACUGGAUUGCUCAGGAGAUCCCUUUCGUUGAAUCCGAGUUUAUUCGGUGUCAAUCUGUCCAGACUCGACGAGAACGGAUUACCUAAACCUGUGCUGGUCAUGCUUCAACAACUGUUCGCAAAGGGGCCAUUUACGCAGGGAAUCUUUAGAAAAUCGGCCAACGUGAGAAUCGUACGAGAGCUACGAGAUCAAAUCGAGUCCACGGGCGAUCCAAGCUGUUUGGAGGAUGCUCCUAUCAUAGCGGUGGCAGCUUUGCUCAAAGACUUUUUGAGAUCUUUACCGGAUCCUUUGCUAACUUCCCACCUGUUUCCUCUCUGGAUGGAAAGUUUGGAAACGAUAAAUCCCGUUCAAACUAUUAAGAAUAUUCUAGAUAGAUUACCCAAAGCGAAUUAUACCUUGCUGUCGCAUUUAAUCUGCGUUUUACACCACGUGGCACGGCGGUCGAAGCACAAUCUUAUGUGCGCCAGUAAUCUGGGCGUGUGUUGUGGACCUAGUUUACUCUGGUCUCCGAAUCCAUCCGUGAAUCAAAGUAGAGCGAUACCCACGCUGACAGAAAUGUUGAUUCGUCAUUGCGAGGUUCUGUUCGGCGAAGGUGUCACACAGCUUUUCGGGGAAGAACGCAGCGACAGUGGAGCCGAAGAAAGCACCGAUAGCCUUCACUCAGGUGGGCUUUCUCUGGACAGCCUGGACCUGACGGAACCCCCACGCAAGGACCAUAUGUCUCUUUCUCGAGACUCCGGUCUGACCUUGUCAGAUUGUCAACUCUUCAUCCCAGAGUCUCCUGUCGGCUCCGAGGAUUCCGCCGUGAAUGCCUCGUCAUCCAGCUUCGACAAGUCUCUCACCAAGGAGGACAAGUCCACCAACAAAUCGUAUAUCCGUGUUUACGGUGGAUGGGAGGAGAGAAUAAACGGUUACACGGCGAAUAAUCAUCAUCCGAAUGCCGUGGAACAUAAUUUCAGAGAGGAGAAAAACAGCAUCGGUUACCCUAAUCCGAAUUUCCAAAGACAAGAUUGGUUAAGGGCACAACUGAAGAGGACACCAAGGACCAAAUUGGACGAACAUGAUCAUCGCAAAGACAGGUUCGACGAGAAGGAUAUCUACGGAAGGGAAUAUCUCAGACAAGAUUCCAUGAAGGAGAACGUAGAGAAUUGCAAGGACAUUUACAGGAACUCCCAGCUGGACAUUACGCGGGAUCUUAGGUCUGAAUACGAAAGAGCAACGCAGCAGGAUAUUUGUACGGAACGGGUCUCGAUUCACAAUUCGGAACAGGAUCUGUCGGGGGAUACGACGUUGACUAGUGACAGAUACGAAUUCAAGAAGGAACGUUUCAACGAGUUCAAAAAGGUCAAGUCGGAAAUGUAUGUUAAUCGCGAAUCACCCGUCUCGCAGAACGGUAGCUACCAUUCGGGUAGCGAUCUUUACGAGUUUAAGAAAGUGAAGAGCGAGAUAUACGUGAAUAAGGAGACGACACGUACGGAAAGAUACGAAUCUGAAAGUAGUAUCUACGGAAACAGGGAUAGAACGAGCGAGAUAUAUGGCUCGAGAGAGAGGAACGAUUUGUACUCUUUCAAGCAGGCCGAGGCAAUCGAUUUGUACGGUGACGAAGACGACGAAGAAGAGAGAACGUGGCCAGAUACACCACCGCCGCUUCCACCGAGAUUGAGGCAUCUGCCGCCAGUGCACAUGAAUCUGGAAGACAGGCACAAAGUGGCCGGAAGGUCAAGGUCUUUGCCACCGCCGCCUCCUUAUCGUCCGCCUCCUCAACCUCGUGCCUCGGUUACUACCAGACAUCUAGGAUACGGAAGAUCCGUAGUUGACGACGAGAGUUAUGUUUAAAAAAAAACGAGGAGCUAUAGAAUUGUGGUCGCUUGUAUAUUGUAUGUGUGUGGUAUCGUGUGCAUGUGUGCGCUGUGUAUAUGUAAAUGUCGGCACCUCGAGAAUCAAAGAAGCAAAAAGUCGCAAGUCGAGAUCAUGGAUACAUGGCUCGUGUAUAUGUGGUCUCAUUACGGCUGAAACUAGUCCAAACUGGAACAUAUGUAUGAUAUCGGGAACAAUAGCGAUGUACAUAUAAUAUCUUAUUGCAUGGAACGAAGAAGUACAUUAUAACAUCGCUUGAUUGUUCAUUUCGUUAAAAUAUGUAAAUCUACGAUAGAUUAUGUUAGAAAUAUAAGUUGUAUAAGCACAUUGUGUAAGUCACAAAACGCUAUCGGUUGUUCGCGAUUUUUAGCGAUAGGACUUAACUGUUAUACAGUGAUUCAGGGUGCUUCCUUAACGAAUCUUAAUUAAUACAUUUUCUUUCUUUUUUUUUUUUUCUCUCUCUAUUAGACAUUCAUAUAGAAACGUUUAUUGUUAAAUGUAAGCUUUAGCGGACAAGACUUGCGUCGAAAUGAUAUUAUUCGUAAUUUCUUUUCUUACGCGAAGAAUUUUUGUAAAAAACAAGAAUAAAGGAGAAUGAGAUAUAUAUAUAUAUAUACAUAUAUACAUAUGUAUAUAUAAAAUGUAAAAUACACAUACUAUGCGAGCAGAGAGAAAAAAAUAUUUCCAUAGAUAUUCGAAUGCAAACUGCUUUCAGACAUCAAUAUCUGUGGAACGAAUCGCGAUAAUAAAAUGUAAAUUUUAUUGCAGUCGAAUCAAGAAAGGUGGAGUGAGGUUUGUUUCCAUUCGUUGUUUUAACAUUAUCUUUUUAAAUACUUUUAACCAAACGCACAUCUCUUUAUCGAAAUGUCUUGCAAUUUCGAGAUUGUUUCAUGUUUGCUAAUACGUUCCGCGCAAUAAGAAAACAGCAUUGACUCCAUCAUAUCGUUUCCUUUUUCAUUCUAUGUACAUUUGUGUUCCUCGCUUCCUUUUUGUCUUUUAACCGGAAGUUCAUUCACUGCGGAAUAAAAAUUACAAUUGAAUAAUUCAUACUCCUCUCCCCCUUCUCUCUUUUUCUCUCUCUGUUAUUAAUAAUUAUCACAUUUUGUUUUAUAUUUUUUAAACUUAGAACAUAUAAAUUGUAGAACAUAUAAUUGUGCUUCGUAUGAGAAUACAAGCGAUUAUCUUAAAACUAUAAGAUACACGCGAAAGUUCAAUGGCACUGUUCAAAUAUGAUCCAAAUCUUUCGCUCUUCUGUAUAUAUUAAUGUAAACUAUAAUCUUUUAUAUCGUUAAACGUAUAUGAUAAACUGUAUGCAAUGCCCGUAAAGUACGUAUACUUAUCUAAAUUAUACGACAUAUUAUGAAAAGUAAAUAUAUUUCAUAUUUUAUACAA